CGGCGGCAUCUCCGGCAAAGGAGGCGCGGGCCGGCGGCGGGCGCGGGGCGCAGCAUGGGCCGGGCGGGCCCGGGGCGGCUCCAGCUGCUGCUCCAGCUGCUCGUCUGGCUGGGCCCGGGACGCUCGGCUGAUGGGCUCUUUGCCACUGACUAUUUCACCCGGACACCCCGGAAGCUGAACGCCUUCCGAUCCUUCACCAGCAUCGAGCUGUUCCAUUUCCGCAUCCCUGAGGACACGGUGGUGGCAGUUUGGAACCUGAUCACCUUCAAAGAGCAGGGCGGCACCUUUGGAGACCAGUGCCCGGACCGAAGCAUCACUGUGUAUUUCCGCUCAGGGGCCCCUCCGGUCAUCAACCCCCUGCUCACCCGCUUCCCCCGGGACACAGCCGUGCCUGGCUCUUUUGCCCUGACGCUCACCUGGACCCUGCCAAAUAGGACCACGGGGGUCUUCAACAUCACCAGCCCCCUACCUGGCGACUGGUUCCUGGCUGCACACCUGCCCAGAGAGCAGGGCAGGAUCUCUGUCAAGGGCCUUGCGGAGGACUGCCAGUACCUCUUCCAGCCUCAGCUGAUUGUCCAGCGCCUGAUGGGCCUCGGGGUGCUGAACCCAGGCUAUGUGACCGAACACCUGCUGUCCCCCCACAACAGGUCCCUGCUCUACAAGGUCUUCAUCCCCAGCUACACAUCCCAAGUGCUGGUGCAGCUGUGGAACUGCCGCGGGGCCAACCAGAGUGGGGAGGGCUGCCCACUGUGGCUGAAAGUUCGGGGAAAGGCCCCCCCUCUGCACAACUCCACUGCUGCCGACUGCCGGGAGAGGGCGCCCUGCCGCCUGGUGCUGGACCUCCCCUUCUGGCAGACCUGGUACUACGUGCUACUGGAAAAGGAGCUGGGCGUGGCCGCCAGCCUCAGGUUCCAGCUGGUGGUGCAGCUGAAGGACUGCUCCCAGACAGGCCUCGGCCGGGCCCUUGUCCAGCUGCCCGGCUCCAGCCUGAACAUGCCCCACUCCUUUGGCUCUGCAGGGGGGGUGGCCUGGGCAGACAGCCGGCCCCCCUCCCCUCUAAACAGCUCUUCUGCCCCCACCGCCCUUCCCGCGGCCGGGGAGCACUGCUGGCCCAUCCGGCCCACCCUCCGCAAUGAGCUGGACACCUUCUCUGUCCACUUCUACAUCUUCUUCGGCCCCAACGUCUCGGUCCCCCCUGAUCGGCCGGCAACCUUCGCCAUCAGCCUCCUGCCUGUGCUGGACAGCGGCAGCAGCCUCAACCUGGAGCUCCGGCUCAAUGUGUCCUCCCUGCGAGGGGAGAAUGCCACCGUCUUCGCUUGCUUGAACCACGAGGUGCCCUUGGCUCUGGAAGAGAACUCCUCUGUCACCUGUGAGACAGAGCUACUGGCCGGGUUCCUUCUGUCCAUCAAUGCCACGGCCCCCAUCACCCGCUUGCGGAUUCCCUUCCCCCAGACUGGAAGCUGGUACCUGAGCCUGCGCACACUCUGCACCUCUGACCGUGGGCUGGAGCCCUGCGGGAACGUGACUGCGGAGGUGUACCUGCGGACUUACCUCUCACCCUGCAUUGACGAGUGUGGCCCCUACGGGCAGUGCAAGCUCCUGCGCACCAACAACUACCUGUACGCUGCCUGCGAGUGCAAAGCGGGCUGGAGUGGCUGGGGCUGCACGGACAACGCCGCAGCCUUCUCCUACGGGUUCCAGCUGCUCUCCACGCUGCUCCUCUGCCUGAGCAACCUCAUGUUCCUUCCCCCGGUGGUCAUAGCUAUACGGAGCAACUACCUCCUGGAAGCCACCGUCUACAUCUUCACCAUGUUCUUCUCCACGUUCUACCACGCCUGUGACCAGCCCGGCAUCGUGGUCUUCUGCAUCAUGGACUAUGACGUGCUGCAGUUCUGUGACUUCCUGGGCUCCCUCAUGUCUGUCUGGGUCACGGUGAUCGCCAUGGCCCGGCUCCAGCCUGUGGUCAAGCAGGUGCUGUACCUGUUGGGGGCCAUGCUGCUCUCCAUGGCGCUGCAGCUGGAUCGGCACGGCCUCUGGAACCUCCUGGGACCCAGCCUCUUCGCCUUGGGGAUCAUGGCCAUCGCCUGGACGGCACGGAGCAUCCGCCGGAGACACUGCUACCCGCCUACCUGGCAGCGCUGGACCUUCUACCUGCUCCCCGGAGCCCUGAUCGCGGCCUCGGCCGUGCUGCUCUACGCCUUCGUGGAGACCGAGGAGAACUACUUCUACAUCCACAGCAUCUGGCACAUGCUCAUUGCCGGCAGCGUGGGCUUCCUGCUGCCGCCGCAGGCCAAGGCCGAGCCCGAGGAUUUUGCGGGGCCGCUGCCUCGCCGGAAAGGCUGCGGCUACCAGCUCUGCAUCAACGAGCAGGAGGAGUUGGGACUGGUGGACCCGAGCGCCGGGGGGGCCUCUGUCACCAGCGUCUGCACCAGCUGAUAGGGGCUCAGGACGGACUCCGGGGAGCGGAGCCCCACAGCCAGAGACAAGCCCCUCCCCCCAGCCACCACUCGUUGCGUCCCCCCAGCCAGCGGAGCCUUUGCCCAGCCGCCGACUCCCUCGUCUGCCCCCACGGAAAGGGAGCUCCGUGCAGGAUGGGGCUCUGGACUGCGGCCCAGGCAUCGAGCACAGACCCUCACGAGGCGGCCCCGAGGCAGCCCUGACUGCACCCCCUGCUGCAGGGCCUCUCCGUGCCCCAGCCCACCCUCCGGCAGGCCAGGCGCACUGGGAGAUCCUUGGGACCCAUCCGGCCUGAGCAGCAAGGAGCAGAGGGACACGCUCCAGAGUGCUGAAGGGCAGGGCCCCGUGGGCGGGCUCUGGGGUGCUCCAGGGCUUGCCGGUGGGGCAGGAGUUGGGCCUUGGGGGGCCUCCCUCGCAGGAGCAUGCAGAGCACUCUUGAUGCUGCUUGGGGCCCUGCAGUGUAGAACACUCAUUGGGUUGCAUGGCUGGGCUGCCUCUCUCCUUGCUUGGGACUCUUGCUGCAGCUCUGGAUAUGGGGGCCAUUUCUCCCCUUUGCCAAAUAACCAAGUCCAGAGAA